AUGUCGUCAGACGCCGAGAUGGCAAUCUUUGGGGAGGCAGCUCCUUACCUCCGAAAAUCAGAGAAGGAGAGAAUUGAGGCCCAGAACAAACCUUUUGAUGCAAAGACAUCUGUAUUUGUGGUACAUGCAAAGGAGUCUUAUGUGAAGAGCACAAUCACAAGCAGGGAAUCAGGCAAAGUCACUGUCAAGACUGAAGCGGGAGAGACCCUGACUGUGAAAGAAGAUCAAAUCUUCUCCAUGAACCCUCCCAAGUAUGACAAAAUCGAGGACAUGGCCAUGAUGACCCACCUCCACGAACCCGCUGUGCUGUACAACCUCAAAGAGCGUUACGCAGCCUGGAUGAUCUACACCUACUCGGGUCUCUUCUGCGUCACUGUCAACCCCUACAAGUGGCUGCCGGUGUACAACCCCGAGGUGGUGUUGGCCUACCGAGGCAAGAAGCGCCAGGAGGCCCCUCCACACAUCUUCUCCAUCUCUGACAACGCCUAUCAGUUCAUGCUCACUGACCGGGAGAACCAGUCCAUCCUGAUCACCGGAGAAUCCGGUGCCGGGAAGACUGUGAACACAAAGCGUGUCAUCCAGUACUUUGCAACAAUUGCAGCCAGUGGGGACAAGAAGAAGGAGGAGCAAACCUCAGGCAAAAUGCAGGGGACACUUGAGGAUCAAAUCAUCAGUGCCAACCCACUGCUGGAGGCCUUUGGAAAUGCCAAGACUGUGAGGAAUGACAACUCCUCACGCUUUGGUAAAUUCAUCAGAAUCCAUUUUGGUGCCACAGGCAAACUGGCUUCUGCUGACAUUGAAACAUAUCUGCUGGAGAAGUCCAGAGUCACUUUCCAGCUCAAGGCGGAAAGGAGCUACCACAUCUUUUAUCAGAUCAUGUCCAACAAGAAGCCAGAGCUAAUUGAGAUGUUACUGAUCACCACCAACCCCUAUGACUAUCUGUACGUGAGUCAGGGUGAGAUCACAGUUCCCAGCAUUAACGACCAGGAAGAGCUGAUGGCCACUGAUAGUGCCAUUGACAUCCUGGGCUUCACUCCAGAUGAGAAAACAGCCAUCUACAAGCUGACAGGGGCUGUCAUGCACUAUGGGAACCUGAAGUUCAAGCAGAAGCAGCGUGAGGAGCAGGCAGAGCCUGAUGGCACCGAAGUUGCUGACAAGGCUGCCUACCUGAUGGGUCUGAACUCGGCAGACCUGCUCAAGGCCCUCUGCUACCCCCGAGUCAAGGUGGGGAAUGAAUACGUGACCAAGGGCCAAACUGUGCAGCAGGUAUACAAUUCAGUGGGUGCCCUGGCAAAGGCUGUCUUUGAGAAAAUGUUCCUGUGGAUGGUUGUUCGUAUCAACCAACAGCUGGACACGAAGCAGCCCAGGCAGUACUUCAUUGGUGUCCUGGACAUUGCUGGCUUUGAGAUCUUUGAUUUCAACAGCCUGGAGCAGCUGUGCAUCAACUUCACCAAUGAGAAACUGCAACAGUUCUUCAACCACCACAUGUUCGUGCUGGAGCAGGAGGAGUACAAGAAGGAGGGGAUUGAAUGGGAGUUCAUUGACUUUGGCAUGGACCUGGCUGCCUGCAUUGAGCUCAUUGAGAAGCCCAUGGGCAUCUUCUCCAUCCUGGAAGAGGAGUGCAUGUUCCCCAAGGCAACUGACACCUCUUUCAAGAACAAGCUCUAUGACCAGCACCUGGGCAAGUCCAACAACUUCCAGAAGCCCAAGCCUGGCAAGGGCAAGGCUGAGGCCCACUUCUCCCUGGUGCACUACGCUGGCACAGUGGACUACAACAUCACUGGCUGGCUUGACAAGAACAAGGACCCUCUGAAUGAAACUGUUGUGGGGCUAUAUCAGAAAUCAUCCCUGAAGACUCUGGCCUUACUCUUUGCCUCUGCUGGAGGAGAGGCAGAGGCUAGUGGUGGUGGUGGUGGUAAGAAGGGAGGCAAGAAGAAGGGUUCUUCUUUCCAGACUGUCUCAGCUCUUUUCAGGGAAAAUCUGAACAAGCUGAUGACCAAUCUGCGGAGCACUCACCCCCAUUUUGUGCGCUGUAUCAUCCCCAAUGAGUCUAAAACACCUGGUGCCAUGGAGCACGAGCUGGUGCUGCACCAGCUGCGCUGUAACGGCGUGCUGGAAGGGAUCAGGAUUUGCAGGAAGGGAUUCCCCAGCAGAAUCCUCUAUGCUGACUUCAAACAGAGAUACAAGGUGCUUAAUGCCAGUGCCAUCCCCGAGGGACAGUUCAUCGAUAGCAAGAAGGCUUCUGAGAAGCUCCUUGGGUCAAUCGAUGUGGACCAUACCCAGUACAAAUUUGGACACACCAAGGUGUUCUUCAAAGCUGGGCUACUGGGACUCCUGGAAGAGAUGAGGGAUGAGAAGCUGGCACAGCUCAUCACCCGCACCCAGGCCAGGUGCAGGGGCUUCCUGAUGAGGGUGGAGUACAGAAGAAUGGUGGAGCGGAGGGAAUCCAUCUUCUGUAUCCAGUACAACAUUCGUGCAUUCAUGAAUGUCAAACACUGGCCAUGGAUGAAGCUGUUCUUCAAGAUCAAGCCCUUGCUGAAGAGUGCAGAGUCUGAGAAGGAAAUGGCCAACAUGAAGGGAGAGUUUGAGAAGACCAAGGAAGAACUUGCAAAGUCUGAGGCAAAGAGGAAGGAGCUGGAGGAGAAAAUGGCAUCUCUAAUGCAGGAAAAAAAUGACCUGCAGCUCCAAGUGCAAUCUGAAGCUGAUGCUUUGGCUGAUGCUGAGGAAAGAGCGUGGCUGGCCAACCUGGAGAAGAUGUGCCGCACACUGGAAGACCAGCUGAGUGAGAUUAAGACCAAGGAAGAAGAGCAUCAGCGCAUGAUCAAUGACCUCAAUGCUCAAAGAGCUCGUCUGCAGACAGAAGCAGGUGAAUAUUCACGCCAGGUGGAAGAGAAGGAUGCUUUGGUUUCUCAGCUGUCAAGAGGGAAGCAAGCUUUCACUCAACAGAUUGAGGAACUGAAGAGGCAUUUAGACGAAGAGAUAAAGGCCAAGAAUGCCCUAGCCCAUGCCCUGCAGUCUGCUCGCCACGACUGUGACUUGCUCCGGGAACAAUAUGAGGAGGAGCAGGAGGCCAAGGCAGAGCUGCAGCGAGCCAUGUCCAAGGCCAACAGUGAAGUGGCCCAGUGGAGAACCAAAUACGAGACAGACGCGAUUCAGCGCACGGAGGAGCUCGAGGAGGCCAAGAAGAAGCUGGCCCAACGUCUGCAGGAUGCAGAGGAACAUGUUGAGGCUGUCAAUGCCAAAUGUGCCUCCCUGGAAAAGACAAAGCAGAGGCUGCAGAAUGAAGUGGAGGACCUGAUGAUUGAUGUGGAGAGAUCCAAUGCUGCCUGUGCUGCUCUGGAUAAGAAGCAGAAGAACUUUGACAAGAUCCUGGCAGAAUGGAAGCAGAAGUAUGAGGAAACGCAGGCUGAGCUGGAGGCCUCCCAGAAGGAGUCGCGCUCUCUCAGCACGGAGCUGUUCAAGAUGAAGAAUGCCUAUGAGGAGUCCUUGGACCACCUGGAGACAAUGAAGCGGGAGAACAAGAACUUGCAGCGUAAGUCCCUNNNNGAGCUGGAGAAAGUCAAGAAGCAGGUUGAGCAGGAGAAAUCUGAACUGCAAGCCUCCCUGGAGGAAGCUGAGGCCUCUCUGGAACAUGAAGAGGGGAAGAUCCUGCGCCUGCAGCUUGAGCUCAACCAAGUGAAGUCUGAGAUCGACAGGAAGAUAGCAGAGAAAGAUGAGGAGAUUGACCAGAUGAAGAGAAACCACCUCAGAAUUGUGGACUCCAUGCAGAGCACUCUGGAUGCUGAGAUCAGGAGCAGGAAUGAAGCCCUGAGGCUGAAGAAGAAGAUGGAGGGAGACCUGAAUGAAAUGGAGAUCCAGCUGAGCCAUGCCAACCGCCAGGCUGCAGAGGCACAGAAGAACCUGAGAAACACCCAGGCCGUGCUCAAGGACACUCAGCUGCACUUGGAUGAUGCUGUCAGAGCACAGGAUGACCUGAAGGAGCAGGUGGCCAUGGUGGAACGCAGAGCAAACCUGCUGCAGGCUGAAGUUGAGGAGCUCCGGGCAGCCCUAGAGCAGACAGAGAGGUCGAGAAAAGUGGCUGAGCAGGAAUUAAUGGAUGCCAGUGAGAGAGUUCAGCUUCUCCAUAGCCAGAACACCAGCCUGAUCAACACCAAGAAGAAGCUGGAAACAGACAUUGCCCAGAUCCAGGGUGAAAUGGAGGAUACCAUCCAGGAAGCCCGCAAUGCUGAGGAGAAGGCCAAGAAGGCCAUCACAGAUGCGGCCAUGAUGGCAGAAGAGCUGAAGAAGGAGCAGGACACCAGUGCCCACCUGGAGAGGAUGAAGAAGAACCUGGACCAGACAGUGAAGGACCUGCAGCACCGCCUGGAAGAGGCCGAGCAGCUGGCACUGAAGGGAGGGAAGAAGCAGAUCCAGAAGCUGGAGGCCAGGGUGCGGGAGCUGGAAGGGGAGGUUGAUGCUGAGCAGAAGCGCAGCGCUGAAGCCGUGAAGGGCGUGCGCAAGUACGAGCGCAGGGUGAAGGAACUGACCUACCAGUCUGAGGAAGACAGGAAGAAUGUCCUCAGGCUGCAGGAUCUGGUGGACAAGCUGCAAAUGAAAGUGAAAUCCUACAAGAGACAAGCUGAGGAGGCUGAGGAGCUGUCCAAUGUCAACCUGUCCAAGUUCCGCAAGAUCCAGCACGAGCUGGAGGAAGCCGAGGAGCGGGCUGACAUUGCAGAGUCACAGGUCAACAAGCUCCGAGCCAAGAGCAGGGAGAUUCAUAAGAAGAUAGAAGAAGAGGAAUGAGAUUCCCAAAAGUAAAAAGUGACCUGAGGCAGGCAUAAAAUGUAAACCUCUGUGUUACUUUCUCCAGUAAUUAUCAUUUAUGUUUAGUAAUAAAGAUAGUAGACACCU